AUGAGAGAAAAUUCAUCAUAUAUCAAUGAAGUAUGGGCAUUAGAAAGAAAUGAUGAACAAAUUGAUGCAGAAAAUGUGAAUGCAAAAGUGGGUGAAGCGCGCCUUUCUGUUAUGUUGGAGCAGAUUCCAGCAGAUAAAUACGUACAAGGAACUAAGGGCGAUGUUGAAUGUGCUAUAUGUAUGGUUGAUUUUAUGGACGGUGAUGCAAUUCGUUACUUACCUUGCAUGCAUUGUUAUCAUAUGACGUGUAUAGAUGAUUGGUUAACACGAUCUUUCACUUGUCCUUCUUGUAUGGAACCUGUCGAUUCAGCUAUACUUUCAUCGUUUACUGCACAUACAGCAACUAAUUUGGAUGAUCUUACAUGUUCUGCAGCUACAUCAGGACCAUGUCAAAGGCCAACUCCUUCAUAG